UUUUCCUCUGCUGACUCCCACUUGCAGGAGGAGCACUUGCCUCAGAAUACUCAAUUACCAGAGCCUGGCAGGUAGUGAGCAUCGACAAAGUGUUCCGCUGGAAGGCUGCAUGCAGACUACUUUUCCAGACAACUUGCUGCAGCAAACAACAACAAACCAACCGACGCAACAGUUCGUAAUGUUAUUGAAUGGAAUACGUAUUUCACAAAUGCGAACAUUGAGGGAAAGGGCCUGUUUUCAGAUGUGUUUCCAUGCGCUAGUCUUGUGAGUGUACAACUAACCAGGUGAAAGCUCAGAAGUGGCCCUAAGUGGCUGACUUUAGGAGGUCACUCAGUCAUCAUGGCGUAUCCUCAAGGCUUUCUCUUCCAACCGUCGGUUUCUCUGGCUCUCCAUUCCUGUCCCCCGUUCAGUUCCAGUGUGAUUUUAGGAAGACCGAGGACAGAUGAAAUGGGCCGGUCGUCUUCAGGGUCAGCCUUCGCGCCGUACGCGGGAUCACCGGCGUUCAAUGGCUCAUCGCCAGGCUUCAACUCUUACCUUCAGUACAGCGGAGAGCAGAGGGCGGCAAUGAACUCGUUUGUGGGUUCCGCGUAUGAUCCGUCAGCCGGCAUCACUGGCUCUUUAGAAUAUCACCCGUUUGGUGGUGCAUUGGGCCCCUAUCCAUAUGGCGACCCUGCAUACAGGAAAAAUGCAACACGGGAUGCGACUUCCACUCUCAAAGCGUGGCUCAAUGAACAUCGCAAAAACCCUUACCCCACCAAGGGCGAGAAGAUCAUGCUGGCAAUCAUCACCAAGAUGACCCUUACCCAAGUGUCCACCUGGUUCGCUAACGCCAGAAGACGUUUGAAGAAAGAGAACAAAAUGACGUGGAACCCGAGGAAUAGAAGUGAGGAUGAGGAAGAGGAUGACAACAUUGACCUGGAGAAGAAUGACGACGACGACGAGCCACUCAAGCCCACAGCAGAAAUUGGGUCGAAAAAUGAAGCAGAUGGACAUCAUCCAUAUCCAGUGGGAAUCUCCCGUGAGAGAGAGGACAAUAGCAGCAAUGAUAUGGAACCUGUCUUAUUAACUGAUCCGGAUUUAAAGGACCAUGGGGACAGGAGAGUGCCCGAGAUGCUGGGUCCCACUACCACAGCAUCUCCUCAAAACGUGCACCUUGGAGCGGAGAGGGAUUCAGACUCAGCGGACACGGCAAGUCCACCUGCACCGAGGCGUAAUGACACAGGCAACUCCAGCAAUGCCACGUCAGUGAUUGACUCGCCCCUUCCAGCCCCAAAACCUAAACUGUGGUCGCUGGCGGAGAUUGCAACUUCUUCGGACAAAUGUAAAGGAUGUAGCGAUGGUGCCCAGAACGUCCCCCGACAAUUGCGCACAGAGAUUCCGGCCCGUGUGUCAUCUCCACCGCGAGCCGCUCUUCAGAAUCAUUUCCCUCACAGCGCAGCCCUUUCAAGACAUGUCUAUUAUACAUCUCCCUUUUUCCAGGGUUACUCAAACUAUCAUGGCGCUUUUGGACAGCUGCACAGCCCCGGAUCCAACGUGGGGUCAGCGACACAUUUAAAUGGAUUACAUCAAACUAUGUUACACAGAGCCGAGGCUCUGGCAAGAGAUAGCAAAGCCAGGAGCCAAACACAGAUAGAUCUUUGUAAAGACUUGAGAUAUGAACUUAAGAAAGGUAUGACACAUGUUUAGUAGCCUGUGUUCUAUUUGGUAAGCUAUAGGCUCUAUAUAAACAUUUAUUUAUUAUCGAACUGGGAAAAUAAAGGAUAUUUUCAGUGGGGAAAAGGAAACAUUGAACAUGAGUAUUCUUGUGAGUCCCUAAAAAAGCAACAAACGAUUAUUUAGGAAUAUGAAUAUUGAAUUAUUACAUUUAGCAUUUUUUGAAGGAUAAUGUUUAAUAAUAUCUGAAGAAAGUAAAGUGCAUUCCUUUGUCAAAACGCGUGGUGAAUAUUUAAUCAUUAAAGAAGAGUUUUAUUGAA